UUCCUUCCUUCCUCCUUCCUUCCUUCCUUCCUUCCUUCCUUCCUUGCAGAUGAACCAGAUCCUUAAAUUCUGGUUUUUCUGAAUGGAGUUCUGCGGCGCGCGGUCAGACGCAGACGUCACGCUCCAUCCAGCUGUUGCACCUGCGCGAAUCGUUACCUUUAAGAUGCUGGAGGGAUAAAGCCUCGAACCGGACUCCGCUUCAUCCAGAGGUUCGGUCGGACCGGUUCGGACCGAACGGCCGCAGCUCGGUUCUGUUCCGGACUGAGGACGGAGCGCCGGCCCGCUGCAGCCUCUGAAUGUCGGAGGAGACCCACGGCACGAGACGGGGCCCACGCAGAGGGAGCACGAGCCCAACCCUUUCCCUUUAAAGAGCCGACAGAGGGGGGGCGGGGGGUGAGAUCAAAGAGGAGAGGGAGGAGGGGGGAGAAACCGGAGAGGGAGGGGCCGGCAGGGGGAGACCCGAGGAGGCGAGGAAGAGCAGGAAACACCGAGGCCUGGAUCCUGCAGCGGAGGCCUUCUGGAGAUCCGGACCGAACCAGACCGGAAGAUCUGCGGAUCAGAACCGGUUCGGCUGCUCCUCCGAACCCUGCUUACGUCACAGAUUCCAGUCCGUAGCUGUUUGUGUUAAAAAGCACGAUGGUCACUACUGGGCCAUAAGGGACCACCGAACCGAACCGAACCGGGUCACCUCAGCUGAAGUUCAUCAGUAGACCAGCCACCCCCCCCCCCCCCCCCAGCAUGGACACCUCAUGGAGCAACUUCCUCUUCCAGGAGGCCACGCCCACUCAGGGCCAGCCAGAGGCGGCGCUGCAGGCCGAGCUGCUGCCAGAACUGACCGGAUCCACCCAGAGUCCUCCAGCAGAGCACAUGGGGACGCCCCCGUCCACCGUGGACACGGCCGCCCUGAGCGAGGAGCCGCUGCCAGUCAAGCCGCUCUCCAAACCCAACCGCCCCGCCCACAUCUGCUCCACCUGCAACAAGGAGUUCAAGAACAGCUACAACCUGCGGCGGCAUCAGUCCGUCCACACCGGCAUCAAGAUGAAGGACCGGGCGGCGCGGGAGAAGGAGGACGGGGUCAAGGUGGGGCGGCUGGAGAAGCAGACCAUCCCCCUGUCUCUGCUGCAGCUCACGCUGCCCCCUCAGCCUCUGCCCGCCGCCCCGGACCCCCUGCCCCAGCCUCUGGCCAACCAGGACCCUGAACCCGUCUCUGUGUCCAUCGCCCCGGCGACCGUUACCAUGGCUGCCCCUCCUCAGCCCAUCCAGGCUGCCAUCGUGGUGAUGGGCUCCAUGGAGCAGAAUCCCAAUCCCAACCCCGCUCCCAGCGCCACCCAUGUGAGGAAGAACCACGCCUGCGAGGCCUGCGGGAAGGCCUUCAGAGACGUCUACCACCUGAACCGCCACCGCCUGUCCCACUCCGACGAGAAGCCGUAUUCCUGCCCCAUCUGCCAGCAGCGAUUCAAGAGGAAAGACCGGAUGAGCUACCACGUCCGCUCGCACCAAGGCGGCGUGGAGAAGCCCUACAUCUGUCCUCACUGCUCCAAGGCCUUCUCCAGGCCGGAUCACCUUAACAGUCACGUCCGACAGGUGCACUCCACAGAGCGGCCCUUCAAAUGCACGACGUGUACGUCUGCGUUUGCCACACGGGAUCGCCUCCGUGCGCACCUGAUCCGCCACGAGGAGAAGGUGCCGUGCCACAUCUGUGGGAAGCUGCUGUCUGCUGCAUACAUCACCGACCACAUGAGGGUCCACAACCAGUCGCAGCACCACUCCUGCCACCUGUGCAACCGCAGUUUCACCACCCUCACCUACCUGCGCGUCCACGCCCAGAAGCACCACGGCCAGGAGUGGAAGGAGAGCGGUGGGGCCCGAGGGGCCUUCGGUGGGGCGGGGGCCGGGGGCGUGCUGCUCUGCCAGCUCUGCGGGGUCCAAUGUAAGACGACUACGCAGCUCCAGGGUCACAUGGGCACCCACACCCAGCAGGGGGACCCCGCCCCCAACCAGCCGAGCAUGGAGCCCGUGGGCAGCGCCAGCGUUGGUCCAAACACGGUGGGACUGCUGGUCAGUGACUGCUCCGGCAUCGGCCCCCCGCCGCACAGUUAGCACGCUCACAGGGAGGGGGCGGGGCUUGGAAGGAGGAAGAGCCAGCAGCAGCCAGGAAAGGUUCUUCCCAACUAUGAACUUGGAGCAGAAGAACGUUUAUCUUUUCGUCAUGAAGAACCUGAUCAACCUGUUAGAUUCUGACCGGACCGAACCAGGACUGGUGGCUGAUGGCACAAAAAACCUGUUUGUUCCAAAGGUUCUGCUCCCCUGGUUCCCGUUUAGCUCCCAUAAUGUCACCAGUUUAGCUUCAGCCAGAGCAGAUUGGACCUGCUGGUUCUGUUUCUGACCCAGCCAUCCUCCAUGUUUCAGCGUUGGUUUCUGAAGAACUGAUUUAUACUGUUUUGGGUUUAAAGUGAAGUAGGUCGCUGCGGAUGGUUAUGUGGGUCACAGCCUGGGAUGGGCUAACUAGUCUUAGAGCUGGUACCCUACUGGACCUGGUACCAUUCUAAAGCUGGUAGCGUCCUGGAUCUGGUACCAUUCUAGAGCUGGUACCGUCCUGGAUCCGGUACCGUUCUAGAUCUGAUAGCGUCCUGGAUCCAGUACUGUUCUAGAUCUGGCACCGUCCUGGAUCCGGUACCGUUCUAGAGCUGGUACCGUCCUGGAUCUGGUACUGUUCUAGAUCUGGUACCGUCCUGGAUCCCUUACUGUUCUAGAUCUGGUACCGUCCUGGAUCCGGUACUGUUCUAGAGCUGGUACCGUCCUGGAUCCGGUACCGUUCUAGACCGUCCUGGAUCCGGUACCGUUCUAGAGCUGGUACUGUCCUGGAUCCGGUACCGUCCUGGAUCUGGUACCGUUCUAGAUCUGGUACCGUCCUGGAUCCGGUACCGUUCUAGAUCUGGUACCGUCCUGGAGCUGGUACCGUCCUGGAUCUGGUACCGUUCUAGAGCUGGUACCAUCCUGGAUCCGAUACCGUCCUGGAUCUGGUACUGUUCUAAAUCUGGUACCGUCCUGGAUCCGGUACCGUCCUGGAUCUGGUACCGUUCUAGAUCUGGUACCGUCCUGGAUCCGAUACCGUCCUGGAUCUGGUACCGUUCUAGAACAGGUACCGUCCUGGAUCCGAUACCGUCCUGGAUCUGGUACCGUUCUAGAUCUGUUACCGUCCUGGAUCUGGUACCGUUCUAGAUCUGGUACCGUCCUGGAUCCGGUACCGUCCUGGAUCCGGUACCAUUCUGGAGCUGGUACCGUCCUGGAUCUGGUACCGUUCUAGAGCUGGUACCGUCCUGGAUCAGAUACCGUCCUGGAUCUGGUACUGUUCUAGAGCUGGUACCGUCCUGGAUUUGGUACCGUUCUAGAUCUGGUACCGUCCACUCCCAGCCUGCCUUCAUUGGACCAUCCUGAUGGACCGGGUUGGGCCUCCAUGUGCAGAACCUUUUUCUCUGGUUUAUUGUAAAGACUGAUUGUAUUUGGUUCUGGUACAUCAGGUGUUUGUUCUCCUCUGUGCUCCGUUCUCAUCCUAGAUCAUCAUUAAACAGACUGAAAGGCAAA